AUGCUAUACACCGCUGACGCAUUGUCCCGAGGACCUAUCCAAGAGUUUGACAAAGAUGAUCAGUUGUUAGCUGAUACGGACUGUUAUGUUCAAUCCAUAAUGGUUAACUUGCCUGCUUCAAACUCCAGAUUGGAUGAAAUUAGACGUGAAUCGGAGAAAGACGACAUUAUAAAAGUUGUGAUGCACAAUGUUAAAUUUGGAUGGCCGGAAAACAAAAAGCAAUUAUACGGUCCUGUGAAUAAGUACUGGAACGAGCAAGCGAAUUUCAGCAUACAUGAUGAUCUUUUAAUGAAGGGAAACAGGCUCGUGAUUCCAGAAGUACUCCGAACAGACAUAUUGAGAUAUUUACAUGAUGCACAUCAAGGUGUGAGUAAAUCGCGUGAACAUGCGAAGAAUUCUGUUUGGUGGCCAGGACUGUCUCGUGAUAUUGAAAAAGUUGUGAGAAACUGCAAUCUUUGUGAGAAAUAUAGACGAGAUCGAAUCGAACCAAUGAGAGGAACAGAAUUUCCAACGAGACCAUGGUCACGAAUUGGCGCUGAUUUUUUCUAUUACAAAGGAAACAACUAUCUUCUAGCAGUUGAUUAUUAUUAUCGCGAUGUAGAAAUUUGCAUCGUGACCAAGAAUGUUGAUACAGCGGAAACUGUAUUGGAAAUGAAGAAGAUUUUUAGUCGCCAUGGUAUUUGUGACGUAUUAUUUUCAGACAAUGGUCCACAGUUUGAUUCAAGACAGUUUAAAGAAUUUGCUAAGGAAUGGAACUUUGAGCACAUAACGUCAUCACCGAAAUAUAGUCAGUCAAAUGGUGAAACUGAAAGAGCUGUCCAGACGAUGAAGGCAAUUCUGAACAAGUGCGAUGAUGAAUAUCUCGCAUUGCUGACAUAUCGAAAUACUCCAUUGCAUAAUGGAUAUUCGCCUUCACAACUGAGUAUGGGCAGAAAGCUGAAAACUAGAGUACCAUGCCAUCCAGACGAACCCAUACCGAAAGUUCCGGAAUACUCCGGAAACUUUGUCACAGGGAGAGGAGUAAAAUGA